UCCAAAAUAUAGAAUAACACGGUCUCCUUUCUUUUCAACUGUGUAACUGUCGGUUUUCCAGUGCAAAAUGUUCACACACAAAACCAAAAAGAUCAACAACUUAUCCACCAAUACCCAGCAAAAAUUCAAAGCUCAACUAAAGGCAAAUGAACAUUUGCUUGGCAAUCGGAGCUUUGAAACUGCUUCUGGACUACUGCGAAAAACUGGAAGUCAGUUAAAGCAAACCAAAUUGAGUCUCUGCGAAAAGGAUAAUAAGCUUAUAUUUUCUGGAUUUGUUGAAGAUCCCGUUAAAAUUAAACCCAAGCACGAGUUUGUGUACAAUCCGCCACCUAAAGGUCUCAACAAAUCGUUUUGCUGUGCAAAAACAGAAAUAACUGUAAUACCCAAAGUUGAACCGCUUGCCGCGUUGCCAACUUCACCGAUGUUAAAGCCUGGGCGUGAUUUAGUGAGCUUAAUCGGCCGUGUGGACUUCUGUAUUAAAAUGCACCGAGAGCAGCCACAUUUAAAUGCAAUCUGGAAUGUCUAUGGUCAGCUUUUACGAAUCAUCGCGGGCAAACGAGGCGAACAAACCUUGCUGUUGCGCAACGAAGAUAAAGGACCGAUUCUACAGGCCAUUUUCUAUGAUUUCGAUGGUGAACUGAAAUCAUUGAGCAAUGGCAAGUGUUUGUCCCUUUACACACAUUGAUUUAUACAAUAUAUCCUUUGUUGCGUCACAGGUUGUUUCGUCAAUGUAGUGGGCCGUUUUAUAGGUGAGAAUCGUUUGAAUACCUUCAGCGUUUCACAGGUAAGCCUUGUUGAUUGGCAACAGAAUUUCACGCGCCUGCAGAAUGUUCUCUCAUAUAUAUUAAUGCAAAACACAAAUAGUAGUU